CCGCAAACUGAGGAUGAUAUGCGAGCAGGAUUUUAUCCUGCAGCGCUUGCUCUGCCUCGUCUGAGUCCUCCAGAACCCUCCUUAGAGGUGGUUGUGGAGCAGACGCGGCAACGGGGCUCGUCACUCUCACUCAUUAGAGCAGGUAAAAAAGAAAGGUCUCCGUCAAGGAACAAUAAUGGCACUACACAUCGAGGUCAUCAUCGAUCAUCAAUAAGGACAAGUACGCCACAAAAUCGAACGUCUCCUAGGCAAGAUGAGCAAAGGCGUCUACUAUAUACGAUAGAAAGCAUCAUAGUAUUAGAGAGGCCGAUGCCAACCACUGUUGCGGAAAAGCAGGCUUCUGCGGAAUUGAGCAGACGCGUUCGCCGCAGGGUAGCGGAGCAGCAUGCAAAACGCGUGAAGGUCCAGAACGCGAUGAAACAGAAAUAUGGUUGAGCUUGACGUCUGAGUCCGCUUACGAACAUCUAGCGCUUAUAUCCGAUGGGUCGAACUCAAUUGUGCUCCGUUCUACGAAGACGAUAAUGUGUAAAUGACUCAUUGGAUUCGGCGGUACAGAAGCAGCUGAUAGCAGCUGCAUCAUUUCGCAAUAAGCUAUUUCUCACUCGUUCUUCAUCUCAAGCACUAUUCUCUCCGCCCUCCAGUGCUUCUUUCUUACUCUUUGUUCCGUCCGUAGUUAGGGUUCCAUACACAGGGCAUACCAGAAUGUGACCGUCUAUCAUAACGGUGUCAACGCAGCUGUGACACAUUACUACUAUAGAAGAAGUAGAUGAUCGUGAAUAGAUUGAUAUUGUAUUUCGCGUUGUUAGCGUUAGGAAUUAUGUCUUUCAAGUGCAAGCGUAAGUCUAAGUCCUCUUUGCUGAUGCUCUUGAAGAUUACAGUUGUUGCGGAUCUGAUCGGAGUGUCUUUAAAAUGAUGAUUGUCGAUCAUAAUUUUCAUUUUGGCAAUAACUUGAUUGGGAUCCAGAAUGAUGUUGACUCGACGUCUUCUUCUUUCAUCUUGUCGUUAUCCGAACAAAUACAACAAAAUAAAUAGACGUCUCACUUUUGCUGCGGAGGAGGGAACGCGAUGGAUGAAUUUGCAAGCGAUCAAUGUCUCUUUGAUUGUUUUUGUUGCUUUUCCUUUUUUUAGAAUUGGUAUUCUUGGUAUCUAUUCACUUCGACUUUCUGUUCUCCAGAAGAACAUGUGUUUUUUCUUAUCAGGGUUGUAUGUUCUUGUUGGGCCGCGGGAGGACUUGUAAUCUUUCCUCGUAUUAACAUAAAUACCCUCGAUCAUCCAUGCAGGAACGCCAUAGGACUCGGUCUCGGAGUGCUGUCUGACACUGAAAGUUAAGCAUUUCCACUUUUACGUUGUACUCCUAUUGACUCAUUCUCAGUUGUUUUGGUAUUUUUACUUCAAGCACCAACGAGAACGAACAGCAUCAUCUUCAUCAUUAUAUAUUUAUUCACGAUUACAAAUUGAUGCGACUGUUCUACAUUUAAUGCGAUUAUCGAGUGGACCAAUGUAUUCUUGUGGCUCCUCUUCAGUGACCACUUUUUAUAGUCAACAUGGGUCGUCCAUCUUUUUUUUUGUUUUUUUUAUUGAUGAUCAGUUUCAGUGCUGGAAGACAAGUACUAGUCGAGCUCAUUGCAAAGUAGUUUCUCGAAGAUGAUAUGAGUGGAAAAAUUUUG